UUAACACACAUGCUUCCUUGAACGCUGCGAAGGAAGUUUCACUACAGAGUUUGGAUUACUGCUUUUCCCUGCUACAAAUAUCAGUUUCUCUCCCGCGGUGCAAAAAUCACAAUGAAGCUUUAGUUGCAUAUAAUAAUGCUUUGAAGAUAUUCUACAACCACUGCGCUACCCAUCCACUUAAUUGCAUUAUGUUUUAAAAGAAAGGAAACCAAUGCAAAUCUGCAUAAGUCAUUUUACAGCUGUUGUGUUUCUGGUUCUGGCUAUCACUUAUCUCUUCCUGUAAUUACUGGAGCAGCUUUCAGCAAUCAAGUUUCUUUUUUUUUCUUCUCUAUUUUGUGGAAUUUUUUAACAUCAUGUACAGUAAAAUAGGUAUCUGCAGCUGUACCCAAUCCAGCUCCUAAUUAUCGGAAAUACUACUGUAUGCCAAUAUGACCUGUUUGUGGGGCGUUGCAAGCUUUUUUGUGGUGUUCUUGCAUCUUCUACAAGCAUUUGAUUACGACGGCGGGAGUUUUAAGGGGGUGCCACAGAGUGAGUUAGAACACAAGAUCAGAUCUGCUGCCAACCUGGAAGAGCUCCUUCGUAUUACUCACCCCCGAGAGCUGAAGCUGUGGCGGUGCCGCUCAAAGCUCAAAUCCUAUAUCAGCACAGACUCCAGAUCUGGGCCUCAUAGAUCAACCAGAUUUGCUGCGGCAUUCUAUGACAUCGAAAUACUGAAAGUUAUUGAUGAGGAGUGGCAGAAGACCCAGUGCAUGCCCAGAGAAACCUGCCUGGAUGUUGGGAAGGACAUUGGCACGGCUACCAGUACCUUCUACAAGCCGCCCUGCGUCUCUGUAUACAGGUGUGGGGGAUGCUGCAAUGAAGAGGGUGUUUCCUGUUUGAAUACCAGCACGUCCUACGUGUUGAAAUCGGUAUUUCAAAUUUCUGUGCCCCUGACUCAAGCACCAGAACCUGUAACUAUCAAAGUGGCCAAUCACACAAGCUGCAAAUGUUCACCGAUUGGUCUGCGUCAUCCCACCACCAUUAUACGUAGAUCAGCUCCUUAUCCAGAAUAUGGUUGUUUCCAAGAAAAUAGACAUUGUCCUUUUGGUUGGCAAUGGGACAGUAACCAGUGCGAGUGUGUGCUUGAAAAGAAUUCUUCAAUUAAUAGAAGAAAGAAAGAGUUGGCCUUAUGUGGUGCACACAUGGAGUUUGAAGACAGCUGUGAAUGUGUCUGCAAGCUUAAAUGCCCCAGGAACCAUUUACUAAAUAAAGAGAACUGCACCUGUAAUGAGUGCAGUGAAAGUAUAUAUAGCUGCUGUGAGAAAAGUCAAAUAUUUCACCCAGAAACCUGCAGUUGUAAAGAUGAUUGCCCAUUCCGUGCCACAGUGUGCCCAGAUGGUAGGAAAGUCUGUGCAAAGUAUUUUAACUGCUUGAAAAGAGGACAUUUUUCAUACCACAACAGAGAAAACCCAUGAAUAAACUUCUUGAUUUCUAGUUCUUUCCAAAUAAACAUUUCCAGACUCUAAAAUGAAAGCGCACAUUUAUGUAUGUAUUGAAUAUCUUUUCAGGCCACUUAGUAUUAAUAAACUGGACAAUACUUUUCCACUGCUUCUAUAUUAAUAACAAUUUAAAACAAUGUUCAGUGUUUUGAUUAAAAAAACUGUUUCUUAAUGAACCAUGAUAAUAUGGAUGGGCUAUGAAAUGUAUGUUUAAUGCUUACAAUGCACAGAAAAACCAAGGUCACCAAUUCUGUCAUUUUGAGUAAAUAGACCAAAACUUGUACCACA